AUGGGCGCUGCGAGGAUGUCUCGGCUGCGCUGGACAGUUCCUCCAGCUGCCAUUGCGGCAUAUACAGCGGGGCAAUGGACGCAGCCUAGGAGGCCCCUUCGGCAGUCCCACUACUCCACACCGUCUGCGCAGUACGAUGCCAAUUCGAAGUCGCAAAGCUCUUCACCCAGACAAUCGACCUCACAAAUUGCCGAAGACCAAAAUUCUGCUUGGUUCAAGAUUGUGCAGAAGCUCGAUGAAGUGAAACACACUGUUGGGGUUCCGGACUACAUUGUCCCUGAUUGGGCGCGAUUCCUCCCGGCAACGGCCCAGAAGCUCCAGCGAGAGCUCUCUAUGGCGCCUGGAUCUUUAGCAGACGAUAUCUGGAAGGAGGCACAUGAUCCUGAUCUCAACCCAGAGAUCUUGAGGGAUGCCAAAGUACGAGUGAGUGGAGACUUGUGUGAGGAAGAGAAGGAGUUCCGACGUAAGCGUCAAAAGCAUGCUGUUAAAGCAUUAGCUGAAUAUCUGAAUAUCCCGGAGGAGGAUAUUCACCCUGAAGACGUGCCUGUCAUUGCUAUGUGUGGAUCAGGAGGUGGCUUGCGCGCCCUAGUUGCAGGAACUGGGUCGUACUUGGCUGCACAGGAAUCUGGGCUGUGGGACUGUGUGACCUAUACUGCAGGAGUAAGUGGUAGCUGCUGGCUUCAGACCCUGUACAAUUCUUCCAUUACGGACCGGAAUUUCAACAAGCUUGUUGAUCAUCUGAAGAGCCGGCUGGAUGUACAUAUUGCUUUCCCACCUAAAGCUCUGAACCUCCUUACCACUGCUCCAACCAACAAGUACCUAUUGAGUGGCUUUGUCGAGAAGCUUAAAGGUGACCCUGGGGCUGAUUUUGGCCUUGUGGACAUCUACGGACUGCUGCUCGCUGCUCGACUGAUGGUCCCCCGAGGAGAGCUCGGAGUUCUGGACUCUGAUCUUAAAUUGUCGCAGCAGCAAGCAAACUUACUAGAUGGGUCUAACCCUCUUCCAAUCUACACUGCUGUUCGGCAUGAAAUCCCCAUGAUGGAAAAUGAAAACGGGGAAUCCUCAGUGAUGCCAGAAGAAGUGAUGAGGGAAGCAAACCGCGAGGCCUGGUUCCAAUGGUUUGAGUUCACACCUUAUGAGUUCUUUUGCGAGGAGCUAGGUGCAGGUAUUCCAACAUGGGCGCUGGGACGCCACUUUCAAGGUGGCAACAGUGAUCUAUCACGGGAGAAUUUCCCCAUUCCGGAACUGCGGAUUCCAGGCUUGAUGGGUAUCUGGGGGAGUGCUUUCUGUGCAACUCUAUCUCACUACUACAAAGAGAUCCGUCCCUUGGUGACAGGUCUUGCAGGCUUUGGUGGAAUUGAUUCUCUCAUCCAAGGCAAAAAUAAGGACUUAAUUCGAGUCCAUCCUAUUGACCCCGCCACUAUCCCCAACUAUGUGAUAGGCAUGAAGGGCCAACUUCCUGACUCGUGCCCUGACUCUAUCUUUCAGAGUACUCAUCUCCGUCUUAUGGAUGCUGGCAUGAGCAAUAACCUCCCGAUUUACCCACUGCUGCGACCUGGACGGGAUGUUGACAUUCUAGUUGCGUUCGAUGCAUCUGCCGAUAUCAAACGCGAGAACUGGCUGUCAGUGGUGGAUGGUUAUGCUAAACAGCGAGGAAUCAAGAGCUGGCCCGUCGGUGCUGGGUGGCCCAAAGCGAGUGACAGUCUCGAGGAUACAGAGAAAGCAUUGCGCGAACCACAAAAUAUCUCAGAUGAAAAAGCGAACGAGAAGAUCACCAAUGCUCAAAGUCAUCCUGAAAACCAGCUCGAUCCCUCAAAGAAGACUAGUUCUGCUAACACUGAAUCAGAGCUGGGCUAUUGUAACGUAUGGGUAGGGACCACAGAGGAACGGACCUCUCAUGGUGAACUACCCCCAUCCAAACGUCUUUUCCAUCCCGAUACCACUGCCGAUCACUCCGAGUCGGACUUUCACCUUAUGCGGCCUGACGCGGGUAUCGCUGUUGUCUACUUCCCUCUUCUCCCCAAUCCAUCCGCGCCUCAACUUCCACCCGCUGUCAAAACACGUCCACUAGCGGCUGCCCAUUCCAUGAAAAAUGAGGCCAAGGAGGAAGACAAGGGCCCUACUCCUCACCCUAACACUAUUGAUCCAGAUGUGGAUGACUUCUUGUCUACAUGGAACUUCAUAUAUAGCCCCGAGCAGAUUGAUUCUGUGGUUGGAUUAGCCAAGGCUAAUUUCGCCGAGGGCAACGAGCAAGUGCGUCGCGUUGUACGUGCAGUAUAUGAACGCCGAAAAGCCGAUCGGUUGCGCCGUGAAGAAGAAGAGGCUCGCAAGAGUAUGGAGGGCUUUGUACCUCUGUAA